CGCCAGUCAGUGGAUCUUGAAAAUUCCACCACUGUAAAUACACGUCAUUUUUUCGUGACAAGGAAGUAAGGAGUGUCUGUGUGCCUGCGCCUGAACCAUACAAGAGAGGGCCAGAUUGCAGCUAUGGAUAUUCACGCUGCUUUCAUCAUUGUUCUAUUCGCCGCGAUUGCUCUCACCUGCGCGGAACCUGUGAAAUUUGUCGAUUGUGGCUCUGAUGUUGGUAAAGUGGUGUUUGUUGAUAUCCACCCUUGUCCUAAACAACCAUGUGAGCUCCAUAAAGGACAGGCCUAUGCUGUCAAUGUGACAUUCAACAGUGCGGUUGAGAGCCAGACGAGUAAAGCAAUUGUCCACGGUUUAAUCGCUGGGGUUCCCAUCCCAUUCCCCAUCCCCAUUGAAGACGGUUGCAAGUCUGGGAUUGAGUGCCCCAUUCAGAAGGCACAGAGCUAUCACUAUGUGACUCAGCUUCCAGUGAAGUCUGAGUACCCCUGUAUCAAGCUGGUUGUUGAAUGGGAGCUGAGAGAUGACACUGGCAAAGACUUGUUCUGCAUAAAGUUCCCAGUCCAGAUCGUAAACUGAGAUUUGUCUGCAGUACCACCUGAAGGGAAUUUUUAAAAAGGGAUUCUAAUGUGACCUGCUUAAACUGAGAUUAGCCUACAUACACAUUUGAUGCAUUAUUCUAUAAUUUAAGAAUUCUGAUUUUAAGUAUUGAUUCUGUAGGUUUUAAAUGUAUACCGUAGCUUUUCAGUUGUUUUAAAACGUAACUUCCCAUGCAGGCAUUUUGGGAUGUUGUGGCCGACUGUUUACUCAUAACUGCAUAAGUGGGUUGUUCCACCAAAUUAGUACCUAAUAACUGUGGGUGCUUAUAUUUUUCCUAUUCCAGACACGUGUAUAUUAUACCUAUGUGUGAAUUGAAAAUGUGUUUUUUGCAUAUCUGAACUCCCCGAGACCCUUGGAGAGUGGGGUCACGACCAGGGUCAGCCAUUAUCAACAGUGAUCCUGGAGCUAUUAAGAUUUAAGUGCCUUGCUUAAGGGCACAUCGGCAGCUUUUUCACCUUGUCGGCUAAGGGAUUCAAACUAGCGACCUUUUGGUUACUGGCCCAACUCUCUAACCACUAGGCUACCUGCCUACCUUUUGCAUCCCUUAAUAUAUUUUUAGUGGAAAUUGUGCACCAAUAUUGAUUUGUGAAAGCCUGUUAUAUUAAAUGAAGUGCUCUUUUAAAAUAAACUAAAUGGAAAAUUCAAUAAAUCUUUUUUUUAAAUAUGAAUAAAGACUUGCUAAAGUGACAAUUCA